AUGAGUUCAUUAGAUUAUAAACUUGAUGAUUCAGAAGAAAUAAAUACCACUUUAGAAUCACCUAUAGAAAAUAUAACACCAACAAAUAACAUACCAGUUGAAGAAGAACAAACUUGUCAAAAAACAUUUGUUAAAGAAGCACCAGAAUUAAAAUUAUUAAUUUCAAAACUAAUAAAUUUAGAAUAUAAUAAUAAAAAUGAAAUCAUUAAUAACUGUUCAAGAAUUACAAAUAUAAUAGAUCAGUAUUUAGAGCAAUCAAAUUUAUUAGAUGUUCAUUUAAAUGAUUUUAUUCAACCACUAAUAAAUUUUAUAAAAAUAAAUUACAUUAAUAAUAAUAAUAAUAAUGAUGAUCAAUUGCAAAAAGACAAUAAUAAUAAUAAUAAUUAUGACAACAAUAACAAAUUAAAAUUAUCAAUCAAAUUUUCAUUUAAAAUAAUAUACGUAUUAUCAAAAGUUAGAGGUUAUAAAACAAUAGUUAAAUUAUUUCAACAUGAAGCAAUGGACUUAAUGCCAGUUUUAAAUCAGUUAGAAAUAUCGUUUAAAGAAUGGAUCGAAGUAAAUAAAAAGAGAUCUCGUUUAAAUGAAAUAUCUGUAAAUUAUUCAAGUGGCUAUAUUAUUAAACCAAAUGAAAACGAUUUAGAAAUGGGCAUCAAUAACAGUAAAAGUCAUAAUAAUAAUGAAAAUAAUAAUGAAAAUGAUAAUGAAAAUAAUGAAAACAGUAAUAUUGGUUCAACAAACGAAUUAAAUUAUAAUAAUAAUAAUUUAGAAGAAGAUGAAUAUAAUGAAAAUAUUAUGUCUUGGGAAGAAGUUUAUGUAUUAUCAUUAUGGGUUUCGCUAUUGGUUAUUAUUCCUUUCAAGUUUAGCUCAAUCGAUUCAAUGUCUGGUACAUUAAAAGGUAUUUCUUCAAGAAUUUUAAAAUUGGGUACAUUGGCACUACAAGAGAACUCAAAGAUUAGGGAUUCAUUUACAGAAUUACUAUCAAAGCUAUUAACCAGACCAGAUAUGAUCAAUGAACAAAAACAGUUUAUUCAAUCAAGUAUAGAAUCAAUAAAUCAAGUUUUAAAAAAUGAAACAUUUGAUAAUAACGAAAUUUCAUUAACAGUUGGUAUUUAUGGUACACUGGCCUCAAUUUUUAAAAAGGGUAAUAGAAAGGAUUUUCUCCCAUUCAAUAUGGACCUAUACAAGAUUGUAAUGAAAGCAAACCAAGAGCUAUCGUCAUCUGGUUCUGAACGUAUAGCUAAAAAAAUCUUUUUAAAGCUUAUCCAAAGAAUUGCUAUUAUAAUGUUGCCACCAGUUUCUGCAUCAUGGAGAUAUCAAAAGAUCAUUAAGCCGUUACUAUUAAAAUCGAAUUUAGCAGUUAAACAAAUCUCAUCGAAACAAGACGAACAAGAUAAUAUCGAAGAUGAUGACCAAGAGAUCCCUGAAGAAAUUGAUGAAAUCAUCGAAGAAAUUUUAAACUCACUUAGAGAUAAAGAUACUAUUAUCAGAUGGACUGGAGCUAAAGCAAUUGGCAGAAUUGUAAAUUUAUUACCAAAAGAUAUGGGCGAUCAAAUUAUAGGUUUGGUAAUAGAUAUGUUUGAAAAGGACGAAAGAUUAGAUGCAGAUCCUUCAUCAUGGCAUGGUGGUUGCCUUGCUUUGGCCGAAUUAGCACGUAGGGGUUUAUUACUACCCGAAAGAUUAGAUGCAGUAGUACCUUUGGUUAUUAGAGCACUGUUUUUCGAUAUUAUUAAAGGUACCUAUAGUGUUGGUUCGCAUGUAAGAGAUUCUGCUUGCUAUUUAUGCUGGGCUUUAGCUAGAACAUAUCACAAUUCAAUUCUUUCACCAUUCCUUUUAACAAUUUGUCAAAACUUGGUUGUUACUUCAAUUUACGAUCGUGAAAUCAAUUGUAGAAAAUCCGCAUCCGCUGCAUAUCAAGAAAUGGUUGGUAGACAUCAAGGUUUGGUUCCACAUGGUAUCGAUAUAGUAACAACUGCUGAUUUCUUUGCUGUGGGCAAUAAAAAAAAUUCAUACACCAAUUUAACAGCUUAUAUAGGCAAAUAUCCAGAGUACUAUGGCACAAUGAUUGACCAUUUAUCAAAAAUUAAGAUCUAUAAUUGGGAUUUAGAAAUUAGAGAGCUAGCAAGUAAAGCAAUUUAUAUUUUAACAAAUAUUAAUCCAACAGAUAUAGUUAAUAACUAUUUACCAAUAAUCAUACCAUCAACCCAAUCAGAGUUAAUACAUGUCAAACAUGGUGCAUCUAUUACUAUCUCUAAAAUAUUACAAAGCUUAAAAGAUAAUAACAAAACAAAUAUUUUAACAGAUAAAUUAAAAAGUAAUAUAUUAAAUACAAUUAAAAAUACAAAAAAUGAAAAACUAUUCAAAGGUAAAGGUGGUGUUUUGAUUAGAAUUGGUAUGUGUAGAUUGAUUUAUUCCAUUUGCUUGGUUGAAUUCCAAUUAGAAAAAGAUUUAUCAAUUAAAGAUGAUGAGGAAUCAAAUCAGCAAGCAAACAGCAAUAGUCCAAAUGAUAGACAAGCAGCAUUAAAAGCUAAAAUCGCGGCAUUAAAAGCCAAAACAGCACAAAUUAAUAAAACUGUACAACCAAGUAAACAAAUAGCAAAACAAGUUGCAUCAUCAGCAAUAUCAUCAUCCUCCUCAUCAAAUAUUGCAUUCAAUAUAAUCAUCCAUUAUCUUAGUGAAAAUCUUAAUCACCCUAAUGAAGAUGUUCAAAAAGAAGCAACCAAAGCUUUCUCACAACUUUUCAAAAUCUAUAUGUGUAGUACUCAAGAUAAAAAGAAAUCAUUACUUCAAUUUAUAGACUCUCAUUGCAAAACUAUUAAAAUAGAUCCAAAUAGAUCCGCUAGAAGAGGUUCUGCUUUAGUAUUAGGCGCUUUACCAUUCAAAGAAGCUUCAUUUACAAAUGAAUAUCUCGAUAGAAUUAUUGAUUCUUUAAUUUAUUCUGUAUUUGAAGAAGAUCCAUUAUUUAGAGAUAUAGAAACCAGAGUCAAUGCCCUAAUCUCAUUAGAACAUAUUGGCAAUUAUUUACUAUCAGAAUUAUUUAAACAACAGCAAGAACAACAGGAAUCAUCAGAGAUCAAAGAUAAAUUUAUUAAAAUUUGGAACUGUUUUGGUAAAGCUACAAACGAUUACUCAAUUGAUAAAAGAGGUGAUAUAGGGUCAUGGGUUAGAGAAUUAUCUUGUAAAAUUUUAUUCAAUUUUGUAAAACUAAUUAAUCAAAACUACUCGAUCGAAAAACUUAUAACAGAAAAAAUGAUAACUGAAUUUAUUUCAAAACUAAUCCAAUUAUCAGGUGAAAAAUUAGAUAAAAUAAGAGAUGUAGUUUGUAAAAUUAUUCAUCAAAUCCUUUGGAUGGAGCCAACUAUAAAAACAAUUAUACCACACAGAGAAGAGUUAUUAAAGAUAUUUGUAAAAGUUCCAGAUGAUCAUUUUAACUGGUUUAGAACUGAAGAAUCUUUACCAUUAAUUUGCUUAAUUUUACAAUUUGACAUUUACCUCUAUCCAUUAUUAUUUGGUUUAUUUUCAUCAUUGGGUGGUAAUUCAAAAUAUUUAAUUGACGAUUCAAUUAAUUCAAUUAAUAAUUAUUUUAAUAAUUAUAAAAAUGAAGAAAAAGAAAACAAGAUUAUUAAAUUUUUACAAACUGUAUUAGAAAUAUCACAAAAUGUACCUGAAAGAAUGGUUCAGCCAACAUUUAAAUCAAUUACCAAUUUACUAUUAACCCAUCACUUUGACUUUAUAAUUACAACAAAAGACAAAUCAAUUUUAGAAAGAAUUCUAUUUAUUUGUUAUGAAAGAAUUAAAGCAAGUCACGAUGAUAUUUAUUUAUUAUUAAACUCUGUCGAUUUAUUUUCAUAUUUCUUUUUAGAGUUAGAAAAAUUUAAAAUCGAAUAUAUAGAAUUUACAUCAUUAAAAUCUUUGUUAUUAUUAAUUUCAAAUUUAAAGUUCCCAAAAGUAAGAAAACUAGCAUCAAUUCAAUUAAUUAAAUCAAAUAAAAUUAUUGAUCCCGAAAUAACAAUAGCUGCAAAAGAAAUACUUAAUGAAACUAGAUGGGAUGACCCAGUUGAAGUAAUCAUUGAACCAUUAAAGAAACUUUUGUAUCUUUUAGACCCAAAGAAAGAAAUAUUAGAUUUAAUCUCAGAACACCCAACUCCAAAACCAAUUAAUUUAGAACUUUCCAAAACAAUUCAAAUGCAAGAAGAAGAGAAAAUAAAACAAAUAGAAAAAGAAAAAGAAGAGCUCAAUAGGCAAUAUCAUAUUGAUGAUUAUUUACCCGAAAAUACUGAAGAUCUAAUGGAAAUCUAA